AUGUCAGAUUCAGGAACUAUUACACCCUCAACAACUUUGAAAAUUGUUGCAUCGCAUUCUUCAUCUCCAUCUUCGUCAUUACCAACUAAUUUUGUUUCGACAAUCUUAGUAAUAGCAACUUUAGUUAUAGUAUUAACAGUCAUCACAGUUCUUUUGAUAUUCUUUUACAAGAGGUACCGAAAAAGAUGCAAGAUGAGUCCUCUAUUACAAUUUGAAGUGAUGCAUUCUCGUGUCGUUGUUGUCGACGCCGAUGGUAAAAGCGUGGCUGGAGUCAAUCGCAAUAAUAGUUUUGUGAGUUUAGAUAGUAGUGGUUCUAGCGGAAAAGACGCGAAUAGCAAAAGUAGAAUGAUAAAGGUGCUUCAAUAUGAUGAUGAUAAUAAUAAUAUAAUGGAUGGGAAAAGUGGGACUGACCAUUCAAAAAAUUUGUAUUAUGAAUAUUCGUAA